ACCGUUAGGUUGUGCUGUGAUCGAACCACGUGUUUAACGAUUAAAGAUGGUUCCGUAGUCUCGUUAAAAUUUCUGAUUUUUUUUUAUACUUGAGUAAUGGAAAAGGUUAGAAAAUCUAGCAAGAAAGAAAAACGUUGGGAAUCCAAGAAACGAAAAAUUAAUGCCUUUUUACAACUAAUUGAGAGUACAACUAGUAACGACAUGCCACCCGAAAACAGAAAUUGUGACUCAUUAAAAGGUAAUUCGGUUUCCCUUAACAAAAUAAAAACCGAAUCUUACAUUCAGGAACAAAAACUGUUAAGAGAAAAACUUCGUCAAGCUAAAGAAAUGAAGGGACCUGAAUUGAAGCUGAACAAGGAUGGUUUUAAUGCUCAAUUAUUUGUGUAUCCAGAAGCUGGAAUUUUUAGAUGUUCGUCGCCUAUUUUCACGGAUGAUAUAAAACAGUUUUUAAUAUUGUUAACGCAAAAUAAUUUUUGUAGUACAAGAUGGUGUAAAGUGAAUCGUUGUCACCGAAUUAGUCAAGUUAUUUUACUGAUGGUAAAUGGCUUGUCUGCAGAUCAUUAUUGCCAGAACAUCAACUGUUUUCCCAGAACAAAGCGUCUACCGUUACACUUGUUUGAAGUUGUUCCUCCAGCCAGUUAUGGAAUAAAUAUUGUAGAGGCUCUUUGUUUUUGCCCGGCAAAUUGUAGAAGUAAUUUCCAGAAUGUAUCUGCGGCGAAUGGGAAAAUAGAAAAUUCCGAAGAAACGGUAGAGAAAACAAAAUUCCGAGCUGUUUCGAAAAUCAGUUUACUAUUAUCUCCCACACAGAUGAUAAUGGAACAGUAUCCUUUACCAUUUGAUAAUUCUUUUAAAGAUUAUUGUUUUACAAAAGUUAAAUAUAAGGAUGUAUGCCCAACGUCUCCCUUAUAUGCUUUAGAUUGUGAAAUGGUUAUGACGGCGGAAAAUAAAUUAGAAGUUGCUCGUAUUUCGAUAGUGGAUGAAAACUUGAAAGUCAUAUAUGAUACUUAUGUGCUUCCGAGUGCACCCAUCAGAGAUUACCUGACGAAGUUUAGUGGAAUUACAAAAUCAACUUUAGAAAACGUAAAGAUCACAUUAAAAGAUGUGCAACAAAAUAUUCGGGAAUUGUUACCACCAGAUGCUAUUCUUUGUGGCCAGUCAUUAAAUUAUGAUUUUCAUGCUUUAAAAAUUAUUCAUCCAUAUGUUAUAGACACUAGUGUGAUAUAUAAUUUGAGUGGUGCGAGAUGGAAAAAAACUUCAUUGAAAAAUCUAUCUAGAAAAUUUUUAGGAGAGGAAAUUCAAUGUAGUGAAAAUGGUCAUUCUCCUAUUGAAGACAGUAAAACAACAAUGAAGUUAGUUUUGUUGAAAUUAAAACAUGGUUUAGAAUUUGGUGAUGCAGUUUUGAGCAGCAAGCUUAACAAACCAUCUCAUGCGUUUUCAAAUCCCUGUAAUCCCAUUGUUCCAAAAAGUGGAAGUAAAUGUGUCAUAGGAAAUGAUUUGAUUUUAAAUUGGUUUCUCCGACAACAAAUUCAAGUAGUAAGAUUAAUGAAGACAGAAACUAAUAAGCAAACCAGAAAAUUAAUGAGGAAAGAAAUGACACAACAUUAUUUUACAGUAUGUUUAUUAAAUGUGAAGAGAGAUGUUGCAAAAGAUUUUGUGAGCUGUCUAGAAGAUAUUGACAAAACAAUUAACAAGAUUUACAAAGAAUGUGCAGAGAAUGCUCUGUUUGUUGUGGCAACCAGUGGUUGUUUUGACGAAACUUCAUACAGGUAUCAGAAUGGACUCUGUAUGUUAAAAUUUAAAACCGAAAAAUAAAAUCUGUAUUUUGUGGCUACUUGCAAAAAAUAAUAUUGCAGAAAUUAAUCUUUCAUCCUUCAUUAUGUGCAAAUAUAACAUCAGUAUUUGUUUCACUUACAUUAUAUAUUAUAUAUCCAAUAUAAUCAAUUGUUACUUCAAAAAAUAAUUUUAAAAAUUUAUCACUGUAAAAUAUGUGAACUUUGUUUGUUUUCCAUAAUUAUGUAAUUCUCCGACUUUUUUUUAUAUAAAUUUUGAAUGUGGAAUUUUGAACUGUCAAGUCUAAAGUAUUGUUUUAAGACAGUUGUAUGUAUUAAAAUUUUAUUGUAUUUAAAGUAUGUAAAUAAUAUAAAUU